GGCUGAGAAAUGGAAAGAUGGCCGAUCGUAAGGUCAGUUGUCAGCCUUCCUUAGAAGACAACAAUCUAGACAUAGAACUGUUCUAAAAACGAUUUUAUCGAUGUAACACAAUUUUGUAUCUUUAGUAGGAGUGGUAUUAAGUAAAAAGGAAAAGACCCCGUCAGUCAAUUAAAGAUUAUGUUCACCUUAAAUGGCUGCAGAAAGUCAACGUGACUGUGUUGGCCGAAGUAUAUAAUUCGUUUAAGAGGCACAUAGACUGGCGGGUCUAGGCCAGGCAGAAAUAUGGCUUCCACGGUAGUGUUGCUCGAGAAUUUCUUUGUGUCAGUCGAGAUUUUAAACGUUAUCGGCAUCGACAUGAAGCUACUUGUUCGUCCUACGAGUCGUCGUCGUCGUCGUCAUUAUAAUCAAAAAGCUAUCGUCAAAUUUCGUGAAUCAUUAGUGAUUAAUGAGAAAUAUUUCAGUAUGAAGGAGAUCGUUAAUCAAUCAGACGCUUCUUUUCUACGUUAACAACGUUUCUCUUUCAACGUGUUAACGUAGCGUGUUCGGUGUACUCGAAGUUGAGAUAUCUUUUUUAAAAGAAAAGGAAAAAAAAGAAAGAGAAAAGGAACUUUGUCCCUCAUCUUUGAAAAAAUUUCUUCGAUCUGAAUUAUCCUUAACACAUUUAUCGAACGACUUCAACGUAUUAGUCGAAAACAUCUGUGAGAUGAUAGGAUCAUGCUUCCAAUACUCAUAAUAAUUCCUCAUCGAGAUAUGACUCUCGUGGUUGGAUUUAUUGGAUGGAAUCGGAAUUAAUAUUAAAGAGAUCCUUUUACGAGGAUUUUACAUCUAUCUUCGAUAAUCUACUCCAAUUACGAAUAUUCUUCUUCUUUUUUUUUCCAUUGACGUCACUCAAAUCGUCGAAGAGAUAAAUCUAACGAGACUAGGACUCGUGUUCCAGUGUCCAGCUAAAUCGAUCGAUGAUGAAAGGACUAUCGUGAUAUAUUGAAUUACGAAGGACCGACAAGGAAGGAACGCUUCGAGGGAUUUUCAUCGACCAAGUAAUAGCAAGUAAUAGUCCUUUUUUUUCCUUUUCCUGUGUUUUUUUUUUCUUUUCUUUUUUGCCUUUCUUCCUACGUAAUUAAACGUAAAAGGGAAAAGAGAAUGUUGUCAUCUAUAAAAUUCUUCAAAGACGUCGAUUCUCGAUCACGAUUCGUUUGAUCACAAUCGUCAUCACAAUGUCAAGAUUUCCGAUGAUGAACAUAUUGCUCUUCCUUCUGAUACUGAACUUUGAUACGCUCGUUCUUACGAUGGAGGAACGAGUAGUAUGUGGAAAAAAUCGAACACUCGUAGAGAUACCAGGAGAGGCAAUGUUAUCCGUUUUCGUCGACGUGAAUUAUGGGACCUUUUGUAACGUCACGUCUAUCAAAGGAUACGAAGAAAUUUCAACAGCGAUUUUCGUCGUACAAACCUUGAACAAAUUGGAAUACGUGCCCGAUUUAACGUUGGGAUUAAGGAUCUUCGAUACAUGCCAGGAAGAGAUUAAAGUUUAUAAGCAAACUUUACAAGCUGCUGUUGAUAUUGAUUGUGCUGAAAAUUAUGAAAUGGGAGUCCUUGUACCUGCCAUUUAUAAUAAUAUUCUCGAGCCCUUGUAUAAUUUUAGUCUCUUACCUAUCAGUUCUUACAGAGAACAGAAUUUGACGAAGCCAUUGAUCAAUAUCAUGGUGCAUUAUAUCAGUACAAGAUUCGAAUCUAUUGAUCUGGUCCUAACCAAUUCUGAUUUUGUAUUGGAUUAUUUCUUCGAUGCAGCAAAAACCUCUGGUAUAUGUGUAAAGAACUACAAGGAUAUUCAGGAAUUGGAGGAAAACGUUACCGACGCUCUGAUCGUUGUUAUUGGAGACGUCGGCGAUAUCAAACAGUCAAUUGAAAAAGGAGAAAAGGUCGAAGGCCCUAGAAAAACGUGGAUCGUUUUACCACUCGACAGGUCGCAUGUUGAUGAUCUGAUGCCAUCAGGAUCGUACGUCAUAAAAGCGGUAUCCUUCGAUAUCGAUGCAAAGGAAGAACUUCGAUCGAUCGAAAAGUUUUCCGAAAAAAGUACAAAUUCGGUUACACAUUCACCACAUCUUUUAGGUAUUGGUAAAGCUGUAAUCGAGUUGGCAGGACUUUUACACGAUUUACGAAAGAGAAGUUGUCCUCGAGGAAACGAAUCUUGCGUGAUGCCUCGAUUCACUCCUCACACUCGUCAAGAUAUUAAAAAUUCAGAGAUUUACGAAACUCUGCAAGUUUUGCCGAAAGCUCAGUCGAUCAAAUAUAUCGUUUCUAUGAAAAAUCAUCAGGACUCGUUCGUCGAUGUUGCGACGUAUAAUAUCGAGCCAAAUAAAUUUCGAAUAUUACCGGAAAAAAGAAUACCGAGAAUGCCAAAACUCUGUUUGAGAAAAUUUGCUAACAAUUGCGAGCAAUGUGCGAACUUUCAAAAGAGAUCCGUUUCACGCGAUCUAAUUAGAGGUACAUCAGAAGAUGGUUUCUUAAAGGCAGGAACCUGGAUACCAAUUUUCUUAACGGUUGCUGUUAGCGGUACUUUUGCUUGUAUCGUCAUCAUCGUAUUUAUUCUUUAUCGUUAUUUCGUGGAGGAUGUACUAGAUGGAAAUCCAACGUUAACGAUCGUUCUGAUAUUAGGAAAUAUAUUUACAUUGCAAACGGUUCUACCAUUUUGCAUGAACGACGAUCAGUAUAGCUCUCGAGAGCAUUUGAACUCAAGGAAGAUCUUCGUGACGACGUUAGCCUUUGGCCUGCUCUUUUCAGUAAUGUUGUCGAGAGCCCUAUUCCUAGCAUUCUCUACGGGUGGUCUAUUUACCACUCACAUAAACGGUUACCUCCAGGGGCUAAUGGUGUUCUUCGUGUUCGGUGUACAAAUCGCCAUAUCGACCAGUUAUUUCUUUCUCAGCACCCUCGACUCUGCUAUCGUAGUCAGGAGUCUCAUUUUUAUUGCCCUCUUAGGUUACGAUAUAUUCUUACUGGCGAUGUUAUUCGUCGUUUGCUGUUUCAUCGCUCACAUACAAAGAAAUUAUCGUGAAGGGAAGUGCUUUUUUGGAACAGUGAUUGGCUUAGUUGUUAGCUGGGCUAUCUGGGUGACGUCUUUUAUCCUGAUGGAGCCGGAAAUUCGGGACACGGUGGUCUGUUUUGGUAUAUUGGCUACGGCCUACCUAAUCAUCAUCGGUAUUCUUAUUCCGAGAACUUAUUACAUGAUGACAAACUUGCCAAGAGGGAUAGACUUUAGGCCAAGAUGCGAUCCUACCGUUGAUUUAACAUCCGAUCCAAGAGCGAACGCUUUUGCUAGGCAGAAUCGAGCAUUCUACGAUUACGUCCAUCCCAUGGGUGCUGGUAGUACAAGUAAUCUACAAGCUCCAUCUUUAUAUCCAAAUUAUUACGGUAGUUCAAGUCCAGAUCCAAGGUCACUGAAUCGCUGCAGGAGUCCUGAUCCCAGGAGGACACCAGGUUACAAUAAUUAUGGUUUUCGUCCGGAGAUGAGAGAAAUUGAGAAUUCUUAUGGCGUACCACGUGUAUACGUCGAAAAUAUUGACUGGCGUUAUGUUUUAGCCUCAAAGCAGCCCGAUCGAGAGGAGCAACGUAGAUUCGGCUUAUGCUUUACCGAAGUCUCAACGAAAGAAAAAGAAGAAAUUAAUAUUAGAGGAGAAAGAUUGUAUCGAGACGGACGUUUACGUAGAGAACAGAUUAUCAUCAAACCGAAGAGAUCAGCACGACGAAUCGUAUCCUUCGAGAUGUGCCACUCCGAAAAUGGGACAAACAGAAGCAACGAUUUGUGAGGAACAGGAGGACUUAGAUAUUAAUAGAAUAACAAGAUUUUGAAUUCUUACUUUAUAUAUAUAAAUAUAUAUAUGUAUAUAUAUAUACACAGGUUGAUCGAUAUAAAUUAUUGAUAUAAAUUAAGAACCGAUUAAAUAUCUCCUUUGUUAAAAGUAAUAGAUUAAACCAACAAAAAUAGUUAUUAAGAAAACUUUAAUAAUUUGAUGUGUGAGAUAUUUUACGAAAUAAAAAAUAUUCGACUUCCGAUCGAAUCGGAAGUUCAAUGAUUUUUAUUUUUUCUCAUGUACUUUUUUCAAUUAUUUGAUAUUUUCAUCAAUUACUUUGAGAACAAAUUAUUAAAUGAUUAUAGACAUAAAGUUAAUAAUUAACGAAAUACUAACGUGUAAUGGUAUAUACUUUUAAAUGUAAAUGAUGUUAAGAGAUAAUGAAAAAAUGAAAAACAUACGAAACUAUCUUACAAUAAGUUUAAUUACUUACUUAGGCUGUUAUGAUAAUUGAAAAGAAAAAUUGUAAAAUUAGUAUAUUAUAACAAAAUUAAUAAUAACUUAUUUAAUUCAAUAAAUAUUCAAUGUUCACUACUUUCUUGUAUGGACAAUCGAUGCCUUGUAUCGUCGUGAAAUCGUGAAAUUUUUAUUAAUAUAUAUUUUCUCUAUUAUUCCGAACAAAUGAAAUAGUUCUUAAUUUAUAAUCAACCCGUAUGUAUAUAUAAUUCAAUAAUCUAAUUAUUUAUUUACGAUAAAACAAAAG